AUGGUGAAAACUCAUCUGCGGCACAUUGAAGAUAGUGAAAGAUUUGAAUUCUUCGGAACAACCCUAAAAGCUAUGGUUGACAAGAGCAUAUCAAUGAGUCAGGAGCAAGUCGCGUGUUUGCUGGCCAACGCUUUCUUCUGCACGUUUCCGCGGAGAAACUCUAAAAACCGACAUGCAGAAUAUUCCAGCUAUCCGGACAUUAAUUUUAACAAUUUGUUUCAAGAUGCACCCACUUAUAAAAAGAUGCAGAAGCUCCAGUGCAUUAUACAUUAUUUCAAACGGGUAACUACACAAGUGCCAUUGGGUGUGGUCACAUACACACGGCAAAGUGUUUCCAAAUUCCCUGAUUGGGAUGAGCUUACGGUUAACCUACCAAGACUGCAUGUGUCUUCUGAUGGUACAAUAGAGGAUGAUGGUAAAGGAAUGUUACAGGUUGUUUUUGCAAACAAAGUCAUCGGUGGAGAAGAGUUGCACCAUGGCUGUGGACAGGAGGAGAUUCGAUUUCUGAUCUGUCCGGAGAUGCUACUCACUCGCUUGUUUACAGAGACUCUCGAUAAGAACGAAAGCGUCAUUAUGCUGGGUUGCGAACAAUUUAGCGAGUACAAAGAUUAUGCAGACACAUUCUCUUGGGAUGGAAAUCACUCUGAUAAAACAAGCAGGGAUAUCAACGGUCACCUGUGUACCGAGGUUGUAGCAAUUGAUGCUCUUGUGAUACACAAACAUUGUGACCAGUUCCAGCCACGCAUGGUGGUCAGAGAACUGAACAAGGCAUUCAGUGGUUUUUGCAGUAGGAGUAAUGAGCCCAAGCUGCCUGCCGUGUGCACAGGAAACUGGGGAUGUGGGGCUUUGGAAGGAGACAAGAAACUUAAAGCUUUGAUUCAGUUGUUUGCGGCUGCCGCAGCUGGACGAGAUGUCUGCUACUUCGCGUUUGAAGAUGAGAAUCUUGUGGAUGAGCUGUAUGAAAUACACAAAUAUCUGACAGAAGAAAAUCCCCUUGAAAUAGGUUAG